UAAGAUCCAAUUACUCUGAUGCCGAGACGUAGAAUGAACUAGCAGCAAUUGCGCUGAUCACGAUAUGCCAAUGCAGCAUUUUGGUGGGCCGAAGCUAUACAAAUUUUUUUAGGUUCAUUUCCGUGGAAGAAGAGACUGGCAGGGAGCGGAGAAAUGCAAUUGGACUGCCAGAAGACGAGAACAAUCUUCUUCACAUUUUUAUGAGGUCCAGUUCGCGACUGGCAGAGCACCGGAUCGAUGAGAACGAUUCGAGACCAACAGCCGGGUGGGGAGCUGAUUUCUUAGAAUCAGCAAUUCAAUUGGUGGACAAGUGGCACAUCCAGAGGUGGGGGAAGAGGGGGGGAGGGGCAGACAAAAUGAGCGUAAAAUCGGUCCAGAACGGAGACGAAGUGUUGAGGAAAGGCCCAUGGAUGCCGGAAGAAGACGAGAUUUUGGUCGAGUAUGUGAGACAGUUCGGAGCUCGAGACUGGAGUUCCAUCAGAACCAAGGGAUUGCUGCCCAGGACUGGAAAAUCAUGUCGAUUGCGGUGGGUGAACAAGCUCAAACCCGAUCUCAAACGGAGUGGGUGCAAGUUUUCACCUGAAGAGGAGAAGCUGGUAGUGGAGAUGCAAGCCAAGCUCGGCAACAAGUGGGCCAAGAUUGCCAGUUGCUUACCUGGGCGCACCGACAAUGAUGUCAAGAACUUCUGGAGCACCAGGCAAAAACGGAUCUUGAGAGCUCUGCAACGCCCCAAGAUGGCCUCCGGCAGCACAGAUGCUUCAGCGGACACGUCAGAUCUGAGCAAGGAGCCGUCAUUGACAGACUUCGGAGGAUUUCAGGUUCACAGCCCAUCUGGAGCCGCCUCAGUAAUUGGUAGCGGCAUGGGUCACCAGUUCAUCUUUGCGGAAGGUGACAGCGAAUUCAGGGACUCCGCCAUGGACACCAGCCGGUGCCACAUGCGCCACCAUCUCCACGCUUACAAUGCCAUGGAAGCUGAUGAUGUUUUAAGUAGCCAUCACAAACUCUCCGAACCACUCCCUGCAGGGGAAUUAGGGUUUCAUGCCACCGAGAAGGACCUCACGACGAGCAUGGCCAAGGAGCUGACCGAUAGCAAAUCCCAGACUUAUCUCCACCAGCAGCUCUCAGUUGCCCUUCCCUGCGUCACAAUUGCGUCCCGCACCACGCGCUCUAUCAAACGGAGGCCGCGCUCGCGAAGGGACGCUCGCUCAACCAUCCUGUCGUGUUUUGAGCAGCCGAUCGUGGAGACCACCGAUCUCUCCAACCCCCUGGCCAUCUCCGAACUAGGUACCCCACCAAACAUUAGCGACAACUUCCCCAUCUCUCGACCAUCGCACACCAUCCCCACUCCCAUUUCUCUCAACUCUCAGCUCUCUCUCACUGAAUCCACCCUUCAGCCCAACAACCCCUCCAACACCACCAACAACUACCUGGAGUUUCUGCUGCAAUCCGACGGCUCUUUGACACAGAACGUGCAGAUCUUUUCAACGGAGUUCCCUCUGUUCCUCACUAACAGUCAUCAAUGGGAGAAGCUGCCGAUGCUGUACAGCGAGAACUCGAAUUUAUACGGGGGGUGCAAUACUAAAGACACCGAUUCUUGUAGCCCUGAUAGUGUGAUCACCAACUUCACCGAUGUGUUUGAUUCCCUUGAGCCUUUGAACUCGACCCCAUCAGAAUGGUGGGUUGCGCAAUAAGUUAUAGGAAUUAAGGUUACGGAGUUUAGGAUGUAGAAUUUGGGUGAUUUGAGCCACUGUAAUGCGCUCAGGAAUGUGGGGCAAGGGAUUCCAAGUUCGAGGUAGUCAGGAGAGCCGGAGUGGUGGGUGGAGAGUUGUGAGGCUUGAUCAUCAAUCGACAGUGGAAACGGUAGACAAAAGAGGAGUAGAUUUGUUUCAGACUGUGCCCGAGAUGUGGAGCUUUGACCAACGAGAGUGUGUAAGUGUAGUUUGUAUAACGGUAUCUAUUGUAAUAUAUAUAUUUUUUUAAUGUACUUUACUGAUCCA